AUGGCGGGAAACGUCAAAAUUUCCGACACGAAAGAUGGCAUAGGAAACACUUCGCCCCUUCUGUACAUUGUUCCUCAAAGAAUUCAAAAGAGGCGAUAUCAAGACCUAAGGAACGCAGCAUUGAAAAGAAAAUUAAAACUUGCUGAUACAUACAGGCCAGAAGUGACGCACAUUGUGACAGAGUUUAAAACUCAGGAUCAGCUAUUGCGCUGUUUAAAGCUGGAAAAAGAUGAUUUGAGUAAAAACUGUGAGAUGUUGACAAUGACCUGGUUCACUGACUCCAUGAAAGCAGGACAGCCAGUGGAGAUUAAGGACAGGCACAGGCUACAGGCAGAUACAGCAGCAAAAAUGGAAGAGUCAGAGGAGAAUACUGCUUAUGUGAAAACUGAUCACAUAGCUGACUGGGCCUGUCAAAGGGUGACCUGUUUACAGCAUCACAACUCUAGGUUUACAACAGCCUUGGAAGUGGUCCAGUGUCACGCAGAGCUGCGAGACAGUGAGCAGGAUUACUCUCGAGCUCUCGCAUUUCGCCGUGCCUCCUGUGUUCUCAAAAGCCUGCCGUUUACGGUGACCAAUAUGAACCAGAUCAUAGACCUGAAGGACUUGGGGGGACACAGCAAGAAAAUUAUCAAGGAUAUUUUAGAAGAGGGAGCGUCAGAAGAAGUCGAGAAGAUCAGAGAAGAUGACUGGUUUCAGUUGAUGAAGGAAUUUACAUCUGUAUUUGGCAUUGGACCAUCCACGGCUAAAAGGUGGAUUGAGAAAGGCUGGACAAGUGUGGAAGAUGCUCGAAGAAACAUUCACAACUUUUCUGAUUGGAGGGUAGUUUGGGGACUGGCAUUCCACACAGACCUGACAACAGAAGUGAGUCGUACUGAGGCUGAUUUCAUCCUUAGUUUAGUCACCAGAGAGGUACAAAGUCUGCUACCAGGAGCUAUUGUGGAAUUAACCGGAGGCUUCAGAAGGGGUAAGCCAAAAGGCCAUGAUGUUGAUUUGCUGAUAACACACCCUGUUGAAGGAGAAGAACAGGGACUUCUGGGAAAUCUGCUGCAGCGACUGGAGAGCCGAGACGUUGUGCUCUGCGGAAAUUUGGAACGCUCUACAUAUACAGACGCCGCUAUGGAAAAAGAUUUUAAAAUCAGUGCGCGUGGCCAGUUAGAUCACUUUGAAAAAUGGCUGGGGAUUAUUAAAAUAUCUAAAAAUCAUAAUACACUGCAGCCAUUAUCAGGCGAUGCUUAUGUGGAUACGUCAUUGGCAAAAGGAGAUACCAGCGAGAUCAAGGGUGAUCUGCCGCUAAGUGGCAAUCUGGACAUAGAUACCUACGCCUCAAAGCCAAAACGUCAGAAAGUUAACCCCGACGGUCAAACCUCUCUUGAACUUGCAGACUCGAAACGAGACUGGUUGGCUCGUCGUGUGGACCUGAUUAUCUGUCCUUAUAGUCAGUUUUUUUAUGCGUUGGUGGGCUGGACGGGCAGUAAACAGUUUAACAGGGAUCUACGUCUGUAUGCGGCAAAGAAGUUAGACAUGAAACUUACAAGCCAUGGAUUAUUUGACCAUGCAAGGAACACUUCCAUACCAGCAUCCAGUGAGAAGGAGGUGUUCGACCAUCUGAAGUUAGAGUACAGGGAACCCUGGGAGAGAAACUGCUGAACUGUCCGUCCUUAUGGCAGUAUGUAAAUCGUGUAGGAUUUGUCCCCUUCCUUCUUCCUCUUCCAGAAGGCAGUUACUUUCUGUCUGCUGGAUUUGAACUGCUAUGGAAGAGCUUGCAAAAAAGACUUUCUUCCAAUUCCAGAAGCUACAAAUCAAGUUAACCUCAAGAACAGGGAUUAAUAACUAUGUACAAAGGGAAGCAAAUCUUGUAACUGAUGUCAUAGCCGUGCCCUCAACCAACCAGAAUAACAUACACAGUAUCACCCAUGGUUAUUCAUAAUUACCUGUAAUUUUUAUCGAAAUAGAAUGGAAGGCCAUCACUGAGUUCAAGUCCAGUUUAUGCUGGCUUCCUCUUCGACUGUAUGUGGGAAGGUCUGUCAGCCCGAGCUCUGCCUGGUUUCCUCCCAAAAUAAUGCUGGCUGCCUUCGUAUAAGUGAAAUAUUCUUGAGUGCGGCGUAAAACGCCAGUCGAAUAAAUAAAAGAAUGGAAGGCACUACUGUUCCAUGAGAUGAAAGUUUUGCUUCCCUUUGCGGAAGGCUUGCAAUGUUCAUUGCAUUCAGAUGUGUUAAGACAUUCAUCAUUGUUAUUUUGUCAUAUUGCUGCAGUAUUAGCUAAUAUUUUACAGCUGUCCCACUCCAAACACGUUAGAAUGUAAUAAUAACAGAAAUGCAUAUGGAACUUUUUUAAAAGAAAUUAAGCUAUUAUAAUGGAUGGUAGGAAAAUAAUAGAAAUGUCAGGGGAAAAAAAAAUUAAUCAUGCAUUUUAAUACCAAACUAAGAGAAUAGUACAUCAUUUUUAUGACUAUAAUUAUACAAGUUAUUAAACAUCACAAUUUAUAUAGUAAGUAGAAUAGAUGUGUAUGUAAAGUUUGUAUUCACAUGAAAAAUGCACUUUUAUUCUGUUCCAUCAGGUCAUUGUCUUUUGUAUAUUUUAUCUGUAACUAACUCUCCUGUUCACUUCUUUGUCAGA